GAACCGAAUUAAUGCAUGUUGGAAACGUUUAACCAAAAGGAAAAAAAAAUAGAUCGUACUGAUUAAAGAAGAUUAAAUAAUUUUCUUUCAGUGUUGGUUUGAGAAUCGGUUCCCUGACUCUGAUUCGGAGUCGAUUCCGGGAUUUGGGGAAUCGAACUCACCUCUGUCUUGUUUUCAUGGCUCUUUUCCCGGCAGAGAUAGUUUACGUUUGAUUCCAGCUUUCCGUGUCGGUGUGUUUUCCUACAUCAGGGUGUGAAGGAUCCAGGAACAUUAAUUCUAAUCCAUGCCAUUGUGUGUUUUGUGUUUUUUUUAUCUUAUUGAUGGAAACAUUGAUGACCCCCAAUGGUGGGUUUGAUUGAGGCACAUACCAGGAAAAGGCAGAAUAAUUUCACACAAAUUGACCAACACUAUGUGCUCAACGAACCGUCCGGCUAACUGGGUGACAUUCGAAGAUGAAAGCACCCCCCUGGCCUCGCCGCAGAAAAGCCUGCAGUCUCCUCCAUCAAAUUCCGGGUCAAUACCUCGACCAAAUGGCCUGAAAUUGGUGCUGCCUCCUUUGGGGAUUUCAGCAAGAAGGUUAUCCAGUCCAUUGGAAUCUCCUCAAAUGCCCUUUAGCUUCAAUGGGAGCUCAUGUGUGCCCAGCAACACUCCAAUGUGCACUCCAGUAAGGGAAACUCCAACCGGUCCAUCUCCAUUUAACUACGACUCUCUCAGACCACCGAGUGUCUUCAGGAGUUUCUCCAACACAUCAACAAAUCUCUCUUCUCCUGAUAGACGUUUGUCUUCUGAGGCAUCUACUUCCUUCCCAUUGUUCCUAGACCAAGAUCCAGGUCACGUUCACCUAUUUUUGGGUGAAAACAAGCACAAGACAGAUUCUGGAAGUUCCUCGUCAGACUCUGAGCCUGGCUCAAGCUUGCCUCGCUUCUUUAUCCGAACCAAGGAUGGUUACGAGCCACCGAGAGACCAACUUCAAAACUCCUACUCGUACAUUUGCCAUAAGCUAGAGCGGUUAAAGGCAAAGGAGGGCCAAGACCAAGAGAGCGAGGAAGGAGUUUUGGAUAUGAGCAAACUAAAGGAUAUCGAUACAGGAAGAAGUCCUUCUUCCUUUGUUCCACAGGGACUGUUCCUCAGCCAGAGGAGGCAUGGCUGGUCAUUAAUGCUGAGGAUCCCUGAGAAAAAGAACCGUAUGUCAUCCCGCCAGUGGGGCCCUAUAUACUUACAGCUGCUCCCAGGAGCUGUUCUCCAAAUGUAUUAUGAAAAAGGUUUGGAGAAACCUUUCAAAGAGUUCCAGCUGAGCUCCAGUUGCUAUAUUUCAGGCCCCAAACUGGAAAGCUAUGGCGAGCCACGAAAAAUCGUGACAUUGAAGAUCGAACACGUGUCGUACGUGGAACGAAAGCGCUACCACUCUAAACCUGAGGUAAUACAUGAAGCUGAAGUGGAGCAGCUGCUGAAGUUUGGCACAACGGAGUACAGAGACAUGGAGGACUUGCUGGUGUCCCUUGAGGAGGAGCUGAUGAGAUUACCAGGUCCUCUCAAGCAACCGAAACAUUACGACGAGCAAGAGCUGUCUUUGCAGAUUGCAGACCAUAUCUGGAUGCAAGUAGAUAAGGAUGGAGCCACGCUAGAAUGUGCAGCCAUCACACGGCUCCACUGCUUGGCCUUCAUAAAUGGUACAGCGGAAUGUUUCCUGGCGUUGAACGACCUCGGGCUUCUGAACAAAGACUCUAAUUAUGGCUCUGAAGAGGAUGAAGUGUGGAUGGAGAUUGCCGACUACCGCUUUCACAAGUCUGUGAGAGAGGCUGAAUUCGAAGACACUAGGUUGAUUAAGUUCUCACCACCGGAUGCCUGCAGGGUGGAACUCGGGCGCUACAGGACAGUAUCGCUGAACUGUAGAGACCUUCCUUUCUCAGUCAAGGCUACAGUCACUGUUCAAGGUGCCUACCUGGAGCUACAAGCCUUUCUCAAUAUGCAGUCCUCCUUCCCUUCACUUGGGGCACAUUCUGAAACGCUUUGUGAAAACGUGCUAAUCCAAGUUCCGCUACCUGGGGAUUGGGUGAAAGUGCCUCGCACCAUCUCGCUGCUCUGGCAGAAAUCCAUCAAGGCCCGCAUGAACAGAAAUGCCUGCCUGGGCUCAGUAAACGUCACAGAUUCUCACCCGGUCAUGCAGGUGACUGUCGGUACAGUCAAGUAUGAGAACGUAUACGGAGCCAUUGUUUGGAGGAUUGACAAACUUCCUGCUAAGAACAUGGCAGAACAACCCCAUUGCUUCUCCUGUAAGCUGGAGUUGGCGUCUGACCAAGAUAUCCCCACUGACUGGUUCCCAUUCAUCACCAUGGAGUGUGAGGUGGCAGAUACGGUCGCUUCUCAAACCAGGGUGAAGUCUUUGGGAACAGAAAGUGACAUUCAGCCUCAGAAACACAUCAGUUACAGGGCAUUCUAUCGAUGGCAGGUGGAAAUUGAGAAGAAGCUAAUCGAGGCAGAAUCGCAGAAGCCGUCAAGCUGCGCAACACAGUGAUGCAAUGAUGUGGAUUUUUAUUUCAGAAGAAAAAGAAAAAAGGGAUUUACAUACUCGCACUAAUGAAUAAUCAGCAUGCACUUACAUCAGACACAUGAAAUGUUCUUUAGUCUUUACUCUGGUCCCCCCCCCAACACACACAGAUCGACAGUAUAACACAAUCAUAUAUAUACAGUAUGAUUAUGUGACAUACAUGUGUGUGUAUUUAUAUUAACCGUUAAAUGAAUUAAUACGAUUUUUUUAAGGCUCUGCUACCGCGAUGACCGUUAAAGACCCGUCCAUCAUCCUACAGUAUUUGCACUUUAGUCUAUUCUACAUCGCAAGAUUUCAGAGGGAUUAGAUGCAUAUUAAACACCCUCAUUACGUACAGAGCACAGUUCACGUUUAACGUUGUGGGUUAUUAAAUUACACGUGUAUGUGAUGUAAGCAAUAAAUAACAAAUUCCAGUAUAAUUAAACUUGCUUACUAUCUGCUACCUCCUGAGGUUUGUGACAUUCCGAAGAUUUUUUUUUUCUUUGCAAUUAACUUUUUUUUUUUUUUUUACGAUUGGCUAACAUUUAAUUGCUAUAUUUAACGCAUAGAUGCAUUGCUAAAAAUAAUUUCUCAGCUAUAGGAACAAUUGGUUUAAUGGAUUAAAUGUAGGGAUUGAUUUGUGGUUUUACUCUAACGGUGCAAAACUGCUUUUCCACGGGAUUCUACAGUAUAAUGACAGUGUUCGUCAAAAUAUCGCACUCGAGAAGCCGACUUUUGUUGUAUUCGCUAUUUUGAAAGUAAUUUAAUUUUAGAAAUGAGUGAUAAUAAAAAUAAUUCUGACA